UUUAUGCAGCCAUGAGUUCAACAGGUGGCGUCCUGUUUUAGACAGACAGCGAGGCUCGAGCACAGGAACGCGCUCAGUCAGGCAGGCUGUUCACAGGAGAGACAAAACAGAGCAAAGCUUUUGAACUGAACUCACACAACAGAUCAAGAGGAUGGCUGUGUUUAAACAGGAGAAGGUGGAAGACUUCUAUGAGGUCGGAGAGGAGCUUGGAAGUGGGCAGUUUGCCAUUGUGAAGCAGUGUCGGGAGAAGAGUUCGGGCCAAGAGUUUGCCGCCAAGUUCAUAAAAAAGAGGCAGAGCAAUGCCAGCCGGCGUGGAGUGCUACGAGAGGAGAUCGAGCGGGAGGUCAGCAUUCUGCAGCAGAUCCGCCACCCCAACAUCGUCACUCUGCACGACGUCUACGAGAACAAAACCGAUGUUGUGCUGAUUCUGGAGCUAGUAUCUGGAGGAGAGCUGUUUGAUUUCUUGGCACAGAAGGAGUCUCUUAGUGAGGAAGAGGCCACUCAGUUCAUCAAACAGAUUCUGGAGGGCGUGCACUACCUGCACACCAGAAACAUUGCUCACUUUGACCUGAAGCCUGAAAACAUCAUGCUUCUUGAUAAGAAUGUUCCUCUGCCUCGGAUCAAACUUAUUGAUUUUGGCCUGGCUCACAAAAUCGCUGAAGGGGCUGAAUUUAAAAACAUCUUUGGAACUCCAGAGUUUGUAGCUCCUGAGAUUGUGAAUUAUGAGCCUUUGGGCCUGGAGGCAGAUAUGUGGAGUAUAGGAGUCAUCACAUAUAUUCUGCUGAGCGGAGCAUCUCCAUUCCUAGGAGAGACAAAGCAAGACACCUUAGGAAACAUUUCAGCGAUGAACUAUGUGUUUGAUGAUGAGUUUUUCGGCCACACCAGCGAACUUGCCAAGAGCUUUAUCAGACAAUUACUACAGAAGGACACCAAGAAAAGACUCACUAUUCAAGAUGCUUUAAACCAUCCCUGGAUCAAGUCCAAUGAGCAUAAGGAGGAGCCCAGCAAAGUCCCAGAGAGGAAACGUGAGCGGCGGCAGCUGAAGACCAAGCGGCUGAGAGAGUACACCGUCAAGUCGCACUCAAGCAUGCCACCCAACAACACGUACGUGAACUUCGAACGCUUCGCCCAAGUGGUGGAGGACAUUGCAGCCAUGGAGGACACAUUCAGCCAGCUGGCUUUGGCCCAUGAUGGCCUGCAGGAGGACAUUGAUGCUCUGGUGUCCAUCUACAAUGAGAAGGAGCUGUGGUACAAAGAGGAGAGCGAGAGCAUCCGUCAUGAGUUGUCGCAGCUCCGCUACGAGUUCCGCAAGGUGGAGGCACAGAGGCGCAGUGUGCAGGAGGACAUGAGGAAUGUAGAGGGUGGCAUUAGUCGUGUUAGUGAGCGCUACAAGGAGAGGCAUGCUCAUUUUGAGGCUCUGCAGAAGGAGCUGGGGGCGGAGCUGCAGUGGGUGCAGGAGGUGGUAGGAUCCUUCCAGGUCACCGGGAGCAACGGAGGGUUUCCCAACUGCAGCUUCAGCAGUGUCUUCAAUGCUGAUGUGAACGAGGCACUGAAAGAGCUGCUGAACAGGACCUGUGGUGGAGAGUUGCUGACAGGAAUUAACCUAGACCAGCAGAGAUGAUACAUAUACACUAGUGCUGCACAAUGCACUGUUUGUUAAAUAUUAUCAUGAUAUUAUCAUGGUUUUGUAUAAAGCUGCAAUAUGCAAGUGUGCCUUAUGAAAAAUGCCUUUUUUAUGUACUGUGAGCAUCUAGACUAACCACAAAUGUUCCAGAUGGAUUUAUGUGGGUAUUUGGAUGAAACGAUGGGGUUCACGUGAACCAACAAACACAAACAAUUUAACCAAACAUAAUGCAUCUUUAACCAUCAAAUAACAUUGUGCUCACUGUGUUUUUCACAUAUUGUCAGUUGCAAUAGGUUUCAGUAGAGUUGCAAUGUGGUAUUUUCCAUUUCAUGCAGCUCUAAUGCACAGGGGUGGAUUUAAUGAUUGUGGGUGCUUAGGCGAAACCCAGAAAUGAGGCCCCCUGGAUGCACAUAUGUAAAUUAGUUGAGGGUCUUGACUCCCGUGUGGUGCAACUGUCUAAAUUCAAAGAAAUUAUAUAGUAAAAUCCUGUUAAAUAAAACUCUUGUAAUGAGAUUA